CAGCCUUUGCUGCUCCGCACGCUACAUCAGCUGAUCCGUCACGUGGUUUGGUGUCGUGGGUGCUUGCAAAAUGGAGUUGUCUGAGUCUGUGCAGAGAGGGCUGCAGUCCCUGGCCGACCCGUCUCUCUUCGACCUGAGCAGCUUCCCGGUGCUGGUCGACGUUUCUUUCCGCAGCCUGCUCUCCUCCCACGCCGACUCCGGUAUCCUCGAUCAACCCGAGUUGAAACACAUCGACCAGAUUGUGCUGAAACAGAGUCAUGCUGCAGCGACCACCUUCAUUCUAGAGGCGGUCAAACAAAAUGCAGACAAGUCAACAAUAAGCUCGUGCCUUGAAGAAAUCACAUUCAGUGCAGAGAGAAUAGAAAUAUUCCAUAGUGCAUACCAGGUAAUUAUAAUUAUAAAUUAUAUUUUAAUGCAGAAUAAUUUUAUUUUUCCUGUAGUCUUGGUCUUCAUAACUAAUGAAAUCUAUUAUGUUUUACAGAAACAUAAAAAAGAACUGGAACAUCUGUUAGCAAGCAUAGGGAGGCGUCCACCUCACAUUACCGACGUGUCAUGGCGUCUGCAAUACCACAUGAAGAACGGACAUGUGCACAAGGUCAACGAGCCUUUCUACCUGAUUUCAUUAAAUGUCGAGAAUGGUGACAGCGGAGGAUCCUCGGAAGAUAUCAGCUUCAGCUGCACAAUGGAGCAGUUACAGGAUUUGGUGGGAAAGCUGAAGGACGCUGCCAAGAGCCUUGAGAAAGCCACUCAGAUGCGGCUGAAGGAUAAAAGCUUGAAUUCAUCAAGUGGAAGUUCCACCGCAUUUUUGCAGAUGUCAGGACAGCCUCUGACAAAGAGCAGUAGCCACAUCUUUGCGCGGUCUGUCACGCGCAAGAAUCACAGCCCAACUAACAUUAAUAAUGCAGCAGCCUGGUGCCGUCGGAGCUCAAGUAGAAUAGAUAGUAGUGGAUGGAUUGUGGGCAUUUUGAGAGUUAAAACGACAUCAGCGUGCGAGUGUUAUUCCCCUUUGCCGACCAUGCAUCGGACGACCAGGAUAAAGAUUACAGAGCUUAACCCUCACCUCAUGUGCGUCCUUUGCGGGGGAUAUUUCAUAGACGCAACGACCAUCAUCGAAUGUCUUCAUUCAUUCUGCAAGAUGUGCAUUGUGCGCUACCUGGAAACCAGCAAAUAUUGUCCCAUCUGUGAUGUACAAGUGCACAAAACCAAGCCUCUACUCAACAUUAGGUCUGACAAAACUCUCCAGGACAUUGUCUACAAGCUAGUCCCUGGCCUCUUCAAAAAUGAAAUGAAGAGGAGGAGAGAUUUUUAUGCGGAGCAUCCAGUAGAUGCUUCAAAUGGAUCGAAUGAGGAUCGUGGAGAGGUGGCAGACGAGGACAAGAGAAUUAUUACAGAUGACGAGAUCAUCAGCCUCUCUAUUGAGUUCUUUGACCAGAGCAGGCUUAAAGUGGGAGGUGGACCAGAGGACAAACAGUCUAAAGACCAGGUGGCUAACAAGAGGUACCUGCAGUGUCCGGCAGCCAUGACAGUCAUGCAUCUGAGGAAGUUCCUGCGCAGCAAAAUGGACAUCCCCAACACCUACCAGGUUGAAGUCAUGUAUGAGGACGAGCCCCUGAAAGAUUACUACACAUUAAUGGAUAUAGCAUAUAUCUACACUUGGAGAAGGAACGGGCCGUUGCCGCUGAAAUACCGGGUGAGACCCAGCUGUAAGAAGAUGAAGAUGAGCCACGCGCAGCAGGACGGGCAGAACAGCGCGAGCAGAUCCGGGCCCGAGAGUGACUCAGCCAGCGACAAAGCCGGGAGUCCCGCGGGGGUUCCCUCCACGUCCUCGUCGCUGCCGAGCCCUGGCACGCAGUCCCCGCACCUGCAGUUCCCCCACCUCUCCAACAACGUCAACGGGAGCCCGGCCAGCGGCCCUACACAGAGCCGGUCCUUCUCCUUCGGCGGAGGCGGCAGCGGCAAGCCGCGGAAGGUUUCCCUUAACGGAUCGUCCACCUCCUCCGGAUGACGCGGCGCUCCAGACCAGACCGAACCGGACCGGACCGGACCGGACCAGCCAACGCCAGACCCGCUCAGCUAAUACUGUUUCCAUGCCAACGUAGUUCCAUUGUUGUAGACAAUGCUCUCUCUCUCUCUCUCUCUCUCUCUCUCUCUCUCUCUCUCUCUCUCUCUCUCUCUCUCUCUCUCUCUCUCUCUCUCUCUCCUUUGUUGUUAUAAAUAUUAUGGGAUAUGUAAGUUUUAACGUAGUGGAAUCAGAUUAAACAUAAAAAAGGAAUAAGGAAGUUGGGUUGUGGGGGGUUUAUUUGGAAAGGUGACGUUGGCGGAGUGAUGGUGUUUAAAAAAAGAAGAAGAAAAAGUCAGGAGAAUGGCAUACAAAAAUGAUCCCCCUCGAAGCUACAUUUUUAUUUUCCAGACGUGACUGAAGAUAGUCUUUUUUUUUAUAUUUUUUCUUUCCUUUUCUGAUUUUUUUUUCCAAAUCAAAAUGUGUUUAUCAUGCCUAUUUUAAGUGUGUUGGGCUAGCCUAUUUGAAUCUGUCAGUUAAAACAUGCAUGCUCAUGAAAACACAGUUUUUCUUUUAUUAAAAAAAAAAAAAAUUAUACGUGUUUGCCUCAAGCCUAAUUUCAGUUCAACAGGUGUUUCAGAGAAGCUGGUUUUGUUCCAAUGACAGAGAAGCCUAUAGCUGGGAAAAAUAACUUUGUACGGGGCUGUGGGCUACAUGGGAAAUAGGCUAGGCUUGUACUGGUCUGUGGACAGGAAAUCCACUUUACUUUGCCUUUACUGGAAAACAAACUCUCUUGUAGCUGCAGUGGAAUCCAGUCGCUUAUCCUCCACAUCUUUAACACAUGAGCAGUUUUAGAAAAUCCACGUGUAAAUAGCAACAAAUGCAUAUUUAAUCAGCGAUGAUGUUAUUCUCUUCCCCUUCGUUCCGAGGGAAUGACAUGGGCUCUUGUUCAGCUCCAUUUCAUGCUCAAUGACAGAUGUUUCGAUGUCUCCCGUGUUUUCCGUAUUUGUAUCGCUCGAUUGUAUGGACAACUUAUUGUAUUGUUACUGUUGCACAGUAUAAAAACAUCUAAAUAAAACAUUUUACACUUA